AUGACUAGCAAUUGUGUUUGGCUGGUACCAAUGAUCCUAUGGAGUACACUCAGUGAGCCUGACAGUCAGAUUCUGCCUUGGGGUUUUAGGUAUGCCUCUUAUGAGGUGACCAUCCCAAGGAAACUGACCCCCAGAUAUGGGCAACAAGAACCGCAAGAUAUCACCUACCUGCUCAAGGUUGAAGGGAAGAGCCACAUAGUGCAGCUCCGGCAAAAGAGGGGCUUUGUCCCUAAAAACUUCCCUGUUUUCACUUACAGUAAGGAGGGGGACCUCCAGGUGGACAAUCCUUUCAUCAGGGACGACUGUUUCUACCAUGGUUUUGUACAGGGCCAACCCUCCUCUCUGGUCACCCUCAGCUUGUGCUCAGGGGGACUCAGGGGUCUGCUGCUAUUAGAGAAUAAGACCUAUGAAAUUGAACCGGUGCAGGAAUAUGCUGUCUUUCAACAUGUGGUGUAUCAGCUAGAACAAAAGGAAGUUGCUAUUCACAUGAGGUGUGGGCUGACAGAAAAAGAGAAAAGCCGCCAAGAAGCCAUGAUCCAGCAGAGACCAUAUUUAUCAGCCAAAACUACUGGAGGAGACUGGUGGACACACUCCAGGUAUGUAGAGGUUGCAAUUGUAGUGGAACAAAAACUAUAUAUCCAGCUUGGCAGAAAUCAAACUUUGAUUGGUAUGCGUGUUCUAGAGAUAAUCCAUAUUGCAAAUACAUUCUAUGAAGCUCUUGGUGUUGUUUUGUCUAUAGCAGGCCUGGAGAUAUGGUCAGAACAGAACCUCAUAGCAAUUGCUGAUGAAAUGUCACCAUUACUUGACAAUUUCAAUACUUGGAGAAAAAACACUCUAAAUCAACAUUUACCAAAUGAUGCUGGUCACUUAUUUGUAUAUAAGUUUUAUGGACAGACAGCCGGAUUAGCAUUCACAGCAACAAUUUGUAACUCUCACUGGGCAUCUGGUGUUGAGUCAUUCGUGGGUUACAGUGUAUCCUUUUUUUCUGUCCUUUUUGCCCAUGAAUUAGGACAUAAUUUGGGCAUGAACCAUGAUGGAGAACACUGUAGCUGUAAACAAAAAUCCUGCAUCAUGGCUCCUUUUCCAGAAGAAGUUGCUCUGUUUAGCAAUUGCAGUUAUAAUGAUUAUUUCAAGCUAAGAAAUUCUGAGUGCUUGUUAACUCCACCAAACCCUGAUCAACUGUUUAAACUCAAAUUCUGUGGCAAUAAAAUAGUGGAAGACGGCGAGCAAUGUGACUGUGGUUCACCAGCUCAGUGUAACUCAGAUCCAUGUUGCCAGUCCAAUUGUAUGCUGCACUCAGGUGCCUCUUGUGCUUUUGGACAGUGCUGCGCUAAGUGUCAGUAUCUCCCAGCUGGAACUGUUUGCAGAGAAGUGACUAGCACCUGUGAUCUUCCUGAAUACUGCAAUGGGACUUCAGAGUGGUGUCCCGAAGAUGUUUAUGUAGAAGAUGGUGCCCCAUGUGACACUGGUGCACACUGUUAUCAUGGGAAUUGUCCUACUCACAGGGGUCAGUGCAAAAUGAUAUUUGGCAAGACAGCAACAGCUGCUCCAUACAAUUGCUUCCAAGUAAUGAAUGCUCGAGGUGAUCGCUUUGGCAACUGUGGCCUUAGACAUGGAACUUAUAAAAAAUGUAAGGCUGAGAAUAUCCUCUGUGGCCAAAUCCAGUGUGCUAAUGUGCAGAAAUUACAUUCUCUGGAAGAGCACAGAACCAUAAUCCAAACAUUACUUAGCAGUACCCAAUGUUGGGGUACAGACUACCAUAGUGGAAUGGAGAGCCCCAAUGCUGGAGCAGUGAGAGAUGGCACCCCUUGUGGCAAUGACAUGAUGUGUAUUAACAGGGAAUGCACAAGUGUGUCCUUCAAGUAUUAUUGCAAUGUCACAAAGUGCCAUAAUCGGGGGAUAUGCAACAACCACAAGAAUUGUCAUUGUGAUUAUGGCUGGGCCCCUCCUGAUUGUCUCAAGAAAGGCUAUGGUGGCAGCAUUGACAGUGGACCAGUUUCACAAGACACAAGCACUAUCUUUGUAGGAACUAUUGUAGGAACUGUUUUUGUCAUUUCUGCUGCUAUUGGCUUGACUUUGUUUUACAGGGCUAUACUGCUACAAGAGUUAAGAAGACUGAUUUCAAAUAUCUAUCCAACAAAAUCAAUGCAGGAAGCAAGCACAUGGUAG